AUGCAUUAUUCGAGGAUUGUUCCCUUUUACGAGCCUUCUCCUCCUCCUCACCCCCGUCCACGCUACCGCCACCGCCGCUGCCCGGGCUCCCGCCGCCGCCCGGGUUCCCCUCCUCGUUCCCAACCUUCAAUGAAAUAUCCUCAUGUUUUAGAAAAAUCAUUUGAGUUCGAAAGAUUAAGAAAUCGAGAAAUUUCUAUUCGGAAGGCUUCAUGCGCAUUUCGUGAAUUGGAAAAUUGGACAGAAAAGUUGAAGGACAGGGGGUUUGUGGCAGACUGGUUGUUUAAAUGGGUAGAAGAGAGCUCGAAAUUACAUGGGUGGAAGGUACCGGUUUGGAAUAAGGAAGACGUAGAGUAUUGGUUCAAGGAGGUGAAGGGGUUUAAGAAGGGUUUAAAAAUUAGUGGAGGGGUUGAAGGUGUCAACGAUGGGGUUUGGAAAAGGGAUGGAGCGGUGGAGGAGGAGUUGAGGAGGGAGUUGAUAGAUGCGGUGACUGUACUCGGUCGAUCCAAAGGUCAAAAAAUCUCACAUACAUGGUCUGCACCUGGAGCUGCACCAGUCCCACCCCCACCCCGGCUUCCCACGUUGUUCGCCCUACUCGAUCCUUCCAUAAGACCAACCACUCUCGAGCUCCUCGAUCCAUCAAUGUACCCAGUCGUCUACAACAAAACCCGUAUAUUCAAAAACGGAGAACUCCAGACUGUCAAACCGCCAUAUGACAUCUCAGAGGAGAAGUAUAGUACAAAUUCCUGUUGGCUACCAACCGACUUCAAGAUCUCUCCAGACGGGAAAAGUACAAAAAUUCUGUCAUACAUUAAUAACCUUUCAAACCUGGGACAAGGGGAACUAUUUCAUCCUAUUCUUGAAAGGGUGUUUACGGGGUUUGUGCCGUUAUUUGACCACCUAUUAGCGGAAAUGGCGGAAGAUGAAUGGAGGAAAUCGGGAUGUGAGAAAAGGGAUAUCACAAAGGGGUAUGACGGAUAUCCGAAUGCAAGUGCGCGGCAUAAGCCGGGGAGAGGGUGGUAUAGACCGAAGCUAUAUGCAUUGAGAUCGGAGUACCUUAAGACCUUUGGAGAGAUCUUGGGGCAGUUCAAGGCCGGCGAGGAAAUGAAUAUUGAUAUUUUGAGGGAAUGUGUCAAUUAUGAUUAUGAUAUCGGUAGGGAGGACAAAGUUUUGACUGGAAACCAGUGGAAGUUAAGGUCUGGGAGGAAUCUGACACUAUCAAAGGAUUUAGAGACAACAAAAUUGGAGGGAAAGACGGUGAAGGUUUUUGUGAGGAUCUUGGGGGUUGAGGUUACACCGAAGAGUGCAGAGGAGUUGAGUAGUAAGAAGUGGGUUUUACCUGGAAGCUUGGUAUAA